AUGACGAACUCAAAGUAUUGGAUCGAGGAAAUGUUGUCAUUGAUAUUGAAAAUUUAACGAGAAAUUUUGAUGACAUAGAAAAAAUUGAGCAAUUAAGGGCAAAGACUGUUGAGAAGGAAAGGAGGACAUUUGAUUAUGGACCAUUUAUCAGAGAAUUUAUCUCAAUUCUCCAUGAGAGAGGAGAAUUAAAAGAACUUCUCGCUGCUGCUGAUUAUAUGGGCGAAGGGGAUGAAUGA